CCGGAGGCACGGAGGGCACCUAUUGUUUUGACGUAUGCUGGUCCUCGUCUGAGGGCGUGUUUACAUUGAUGUCAUAGCAGCUCCUCGGGCGAAUCAACUUCUGAUACAUCAGCAUCAUGUUCCAUGGGAUAGCAGGCAGCGGAGGAGUGGGGGCAGCUCCGGCUAAUAAACCUGAGUUGUACGAGGAAGUUAAACUUUACAAGAAUGCGCGGGAACGAGAAAAGUACGACAACAUGGCCGAGCUGUUUGCUGUUGUAAAGACCCUGCAGGCAUUGGAGAAGGCAUACAUCAAAGACUGUGUAUCCCCCAAUGAGUACACGGCUUCCUGCUCCAGACUUUUGGUUCAGUAUAAAGCCGCUUUCAAACAGGUGCAAGGCUCUGACGUGGGCUCCAUCGAUGAAUUCUGCAGGAAGUACAGACUCGACUGCCCACUUGCUAUGGAGAGGAUCAAGGAAGAUCGGCCGAUUACCAUCAAAGACGACAAGGGCAACCUGAACCGUUGCAUUGCAGAUAUAGUUUCUCUCUUCAUCACUGUUAUGGACAAGCUGAGACUGGAGAUCAGAGCCAUGGACGAGAUCCAACCCGACCUGAGAGAGCUGAUGGAAACCAUGAACAGAAUGAGCAACAUGCCUCCAGACUCGGAGGCUAAGGACAAAGUAAACCUGUGGUUGACGACCCUCAGCGGCAUGUCUGCCUCAGACGAGCUGGAUGAUAAUCAGGUUCGCCAGAUGCUCUUCGAUCUGGAGUCGGCCUACAACGCCUUCAACCGCUUCCUCCACUCCUCCUAAAGUUUCCGUCUGUCAUAUGUUAACUUGUGGAUCUCUGGAGAAGUUAAAGAUAAAACGCUACUUUUCCCUUCUUGUCCUGUUGGGGGGGGUAAAUGUAUAUCUGGACGUUUUUUCACGCGCUCUCUUACCCCCGUUCUUUAAGGCUGUAUUCUGUCUUAUUUAAUUAAGUUAGGCGCAGUUUACGUUCCCACGACUUGUAAUAUCCCAAGUUUCUAGUAAAUCAUGCUGCCUGCUGCCUUCCGCAUCUUUUUGGCUCUUUAUUUUGGCCACGGCAGAGCAGUUUACAAGUUUGGCAGAGCAAUUAACAAAGACUAAUUUCUGAGGAAAGUCCAGCAAAGUCUAUACAUUACUCUAAAAGCAUCCCAUAUGUUUGAAAGCCUUUGGGUUUGUUCUGUUUGUUGUUUUUCCAUCUCGUACAGAUUUGUUUUUGUUGGUAUGUCUUUUAAAAUCAUCCCUGGAACGAAAGUUGCAGUCUUAGGCUGCUGUUCUUAUAUGUCAUCACUUCUCAGCAAAAGAUGAUUAAAUUAUCAGAUGCAA